AUGACGCAUCUGCGCCACGGCCGCCCGCACCGCAUCCAUGGCUGGGGCCUCGUUAAGGCCCCGGGCGCGCGCUUCGCCCAGCGCCGCUACAUGCGCCUCAUCCACUACACCCUGACCGUAUUCGACGGCCCGGAUGAGGACACGGACCUCGUUCUCUGCGAGCAGAUUCUCGUCGGCGCCCAGGUCUCCUCCGUCAACCGCCGCCGCGAGAUCGUCAUCCGCUUCCCCAACGACCGCCUCACCGUCCAGCUGCGCACGGAGAAGGAGUACCAGGCCUGGGACCGCGCCUUCCGCGACGGCUCCCGCGUCGCCGACAACUACUACAAGCUCGUCCCGUCGCGCAAGCUCGGCGCCGGAGCCUUCUCCUCCGUCUUCUUCGGCUUCGAUAGCGACGACGGCGAUCACGUCGCCAUCAAGGUCGUCGAUAAGACGAGAUGCUCGCGCGCAGAGCUCGUCUUUGCAGAGUCCGAGGCUCGCAUGAUGGCCUAUGUGCGCCACCCUUUCAUCGUUCAAUGUCGCGACAUUUUUGACGCCCCGCACGCCAUGCACGUCGUCAUGGAGUACAUGUCCGGCUCCACCUUGGAGCAGCGCAUGCUUGCGAGACCCCCCGCCGAGAGACCCUUCUCGGAAACCAUUGCUGCCACCGUCAUGGCACGUAUUCUUUCCUCUCUCGCCUAUCUCGAGGCCGAGCGCAUCUGCCAUCGCGACGUCAAGCCGGAGAAUAUCCUCCUGUCUACAACGCAGAACGACGAUUUAUGGCCUACGUCGGCGAGGUUAUCUGAUUUUGGCCUUGCCGCCUUUAUCGACACCGAUUUCGAUCUCACCGAUAUUGUCGGCACACCAAACUAUGUCGCCCCCGAAGUCAUUUCGAGGGACGAACUUAACAACGAACGCGUUGGCUAUGGAUCUCCAGUCGAUGCAUGGGCCGUGGGAAUUCUCUUGUUUUGGAUGUUGACGGGCGGCAAGCUUCCUUUUGAUGGACCAGAUUCGGGCGCCAUCUUCAAGGCGGUGAGAGCUGCCGAACUCGACCUGGAGGUCGCUCCAUGGCCAUCUAUAUCAUCCGGAGCCAAAUCUCUUUUGAAGGGGCUACUCCACCCUAAUCCGAGGAUACGUUUGCGCUCAACUGCCGCGCGUAUGCACCCAUGGCUGUUGUGCGCCCAGGAAGUGCAUUCUGCCACACACCACGCGCACGCCUAUACAAAUAGCCACCAGCGUGGCAUGGUUCUCGGUGUAAAAAAACGGGUGCGAGCGGCGGUACGGGCAAUCAUGGCUUACAACCUAUUUUUGCAGUUGGUGAACAAACAGGUGAUAAGGGAGCAGGAGACGGUUCGAAGCGAGCGCCUGCGCAAGCACGGGAUCGCGAAAAAGGCUAGCCUUGGUGAGAAGAUGCAGCGGGCGCCGGAGCGGGCGCCGGCUGGUGCGGAUGGACUCGGGUACAACGUCGGGUUGUUCCCGAGCUUUGUACCGAAACGGCGGGCACGGGCUGGGCCUUUGUCGAGUAGCCAGAAGAAGGAGAGCAACGUGAGCUCUGGCUUCUCCACGACGGGGUCGGACCACAGUAGAUCGUUGCCCACGAGGGUGAGCGGGGAGAGUGGAAGCAGUGCCGGGAGCUUGACACGAGGCGGGGAGAAGCAAGUGAGCAUAGAUCGAUCGUCUGUGGGAUCGAAGUCAUCGACAAAAUCGGGCUCGUGGGGGUUCAAACUGAGGGGGCGAGGUACGGACAAGGGCUCGUGA